ACAGCGGAGCCGCAGUGUCUGUGCUGCAGCGGAGGCUGAUGAGGCAUUGGGAGGGGAGGAGGCUGAUAGCAGAGCCAUACGGGAGAGUCUGUGCUGCUGAUGCUGAGGGGACGGGGAGGCUGAUGAGGCAUUGGGAGGGGAGGAGGCUGAUAGGGGAGACUCUGUGCUGCUGAUGCUGAGGGGACGGGGAGGCUGAUAGGGGAGAGUCUGUGCUACUGAGGGGAAGGGGACGGGGAGGUUAAUGAGGCAUUGGGAGGGGAGGAGGCUGAUAGGGGAGACUCUGUGCUGCUGAUGCUGAGGGGACGGGGAGGCUGAUAGGGGAGAGUCUGUGCUACUGAGGGGAAGGGGACGGGGAGGUUGAUGAGGCAUUGGGAGGGGAGGAGGCUGAUAGGGGGGACUCUGUUCUGCUGAGGGGAAGGGGACGGGGAGGCUGAUGAGGCAUUGGGAGGGGAGGAGGCUGAUAGGGGAGACUCUGUGCUGCUGAUGCUGAGGGGACGGGGAGGCUGAUAGGGGAGAGUCUGUGCUACUGAGGGGAAGGGGACGGGGAGGUUGAUGAGGCAUUGGGAGGGGAGGAGGCUGAUAGGGGGGACUCUGUUCUGCUGAGGGGAAGGGGACGGGGAGGCUGAUGAGGCAUUGGGAGGGGAGGAGGCUGAUAGGGGAGACUCUGUGCUGCUGAGGGGAAGGGGACGGGGAGGCUGAUAGGGGGGAUUCUGUGCUGCUGAGGGGAAGGGGAGGCUAUAGGAGAGGGGACAGGAGGCUGCAGGGACGACUCUUGAUGCCCCGAGUGAUGGUGACAGAUGCACAGGAAGGUGCAGCCCUACAGAUUUGGAUCUUACCCCCCCCCCCCCCAGUACCAGAGGCAGAAUGGCAAUAACAGAACCCCUCUAGAAUCUGCUGGAUUUUCUGAAACCCGAUGAGUAAAUUCACCAUGAGCAUCUCACAGGAAGAAGAGAAGCAGCGACUGGAUCAGUUCCUCAGUGAUUUGGCGCUUCUGGGUUCUUUACAGGGUUUCAGAUACUUUCAGCCCUGGCUCAGAGGGAGAGAGGAGAUCCUCCUGACUGUGGUGAACGAAGAUCUUAGCUGCCCAUCACUUCCAUCUUCUACUUCUCUGAGCACCGACUCCAGCUGCCAAGUUAUGGUGGGCGAUGAGCAAGUUCCAUACAGGGUCCCGCCUCACCUUCCCCCCGCCUCCCCAUGUGACAGGGAAAUCGCGAUCCCGGAAACCCACUGCACUCUUUUCCUAUUGGCCGCUUACGCCAAGUAUGGCCGACCAUUUGUCUGGGUAAGGUCCAAUCACCAGCGUCUGACUGGCACAGAGGAGAGUGAUUGGCCGCUGAAGGACACACCUCUCACGCUUCAGUCCACUUCUGAGUGGGACACUAAAGAUGUUGGUGUGUGGCACGUGGUGUGGGAUGCAGUAAGAGCCUGUGUGACUCCGCCCCCGCGGAACCCGCUGGCUGUUGACUUUGUUUACCUUCGCUCGCUGUCCCUCCCAGAAGCCUGCCUCUCCUCGGGGGCCCUCAUCGUGUUCUUCCAUCGACUGCUGCUGCGCGAGCCUCAAGGGACGACGAUAUUUACCAGUGUGUGGGAGCAGCUGGGAGAAGUGACCCGACUGCACGCGCAAACCCUACAGGGUCUCAAGGAGCAGAAACUCAUCCACAACGUGCUCUAACACCCAGGAUGGAUUUCUCUAUGAGUAGGUCACCUAUAUACAGUGCUCUAACACCCAGGAUGGAUUUCUCUAUGAGUAGGUCACCUAUAUACAGUGCUCUAACACCCAGGAUGGAUUUCUCUAUGAGUAUGUCACCUAGAUACAGUGCUCUAACACCCAGGAUGGAUUUCUCUAUGAGUAGGUCACCUAGAUACAGUGCUCUAACACCCAGGAUGGAUUUCUCUAUGAGUAGGUCACCUAUAUACAGUGCUCUAACACCCAGGAUGGACUCUGGAUUUCUCUAUGAGUAGGUCACCUAGAUACAGUGCUCUAACACCCAGGAUGGAUUUCUCUAUGAGUAGGUCACCUAGAUACAGUGCUCUAACACCCAGGAUGGAUUUCUCUAUGAGUAGGUCACCUAGAUACAGUGCUCUAACACCCAGGAUGGAUUUCUCUAUGAGUAGGUCACCUAGAUACAGUGCUCUAACACCCAGGAUGGAUUUCUCUAUGAGUAUGUCACCUAGAUACAGUGCUCGAACACCCAGGAUGGAUUUCUCUAUGAGUAGGUCACCUAGAUACAGUGCUCUAACACCCAGGAUGGAUUUCUCUAUGAGUAGGUCACCUAGAUACAGUGCUCUAACACCCAGGAUGGAUUUCUCUAUGAGUAUGUCACCUAGAUACAGUGCUCUAACACCCAGGAUGGAUUUCUCUAUGAGUAGGUCACCUAGAUACAGUGCUCUAACACCCAGGAUGGAUUUCUCUAUGAGUAGGUCACCUAGAUACAGUGCUCUAACACCCAGGAUGGAUUUCUCUAUGAGUAGGUCACCUAGAUACAGUGCUCUAACACCCAGGAUGGAUUUCUCUAUGAGUAGGUCACCUAGAUACAGUGCUCUAACACCCAGGAUGGCUUUCUCUUUGAGUAGGUCACCUAUAUACAGCGCUCUAACACCCAGGAUGGACUCUGGAUUUCUCUUUGAGUAGGUCACCUACUGUAUAUACAGUGCUCUAACACCCAGGAUGGGCUCUGGCUUUCUAUAUGAGUAUGUCACCUAUAUACAGUGCUCUAACACCCAGGAUGGACUCUGGAUUUCUCUAUGAGUAUGUCACCUAUAUAGAGUGCUCUAACACCCAGGAUGGGCUCUGGCUUUCUAUAUGAGUAUGUCACCUACAUACAGUGCUCUAACACCCAU